GCUUCAGUCAUACGGUUACACACCUACUACAACGUGGGAGCAGUCACCACAGGCGUCCUGUUAUGCAACUUCAGUUACCUCCCUGCAAAGUGUCAGUCCAGAGUCACUGACGUAGAGCUUGUCAUGAGGCUCAAGGAACAGUACAAGAAAACGGACAUGUGAAAAUUCUCCGACUGAACACAACCAAGAAACAGCUACAUGUGCUGCUUUCAUGGAUCACGACACACCGGAGUCCACGUCAGCUCGGUCUCAGAAACGUGGAGUCGGAACCGAGUCGAGCAGCAGCACCUCCCUUGUUUCAGCCGCGCUGCGAAUCCUUUUAAAUUAUUUAUUACUACUAAAAACUGUAAUGACUCACUCAGACAAUCAGUACUCAAAGCUGCGGUGGUUACUAACCAUUGCUGGACUGGUUCUGUACGUCGUGGACAUAUGGACCGACUCUGCACUGGUCGUCAAAUAUUUCCUGGAGACACAAUAUAUCUGGACUGGUCUGACGCUGGCGUUCGUCAUAACUGGGCAGACUGUGACCCAGACCUUCAGCUUUGCCUGGUACAGCGACGACAUGGAGGACGCUUUGAUAAACCCAGAGGGAAAGAGAAAAAUAGCAGGACUGUCCAGGUGUAAACUCAUGGCUGCCCACUUAUGCGGCGGGGGCAUCUUCAUCAGGUAUUAUCACCUACUGAAAAGAGGAUACAAAGCCGUUUGGGCAGCGGGUGACGGAACGUGCGUGGAGCACCACAGUCUGUUCUGCCUGGCGACUGAUCUGAGCAUGCUCAAGCUGUUUGAGGCGUUCAUGGAGAGCGUCCCUCAGCUUCUCCUACAGCUCUACAUACUACUGGGUCGAGGCCAGUGCUCAGUCAUGCAGUAUGUGUCCGUUUCGUUCUCCUUCCUCAACACUGCCUGGGCCCUGGUGGACUAUCGCCGCUGCUUACGCAGAUCCCUCCCCCAUGUCACAGACAUGCCCUCGGGCCUCCCCACGCUGAUCUACCUCCUCUACAAGCUUGGCACCAUCACCAGCCACAUCCUCAGCUACGGCCUCCUCCUCCUGCUGAGCACCUACAGCGCAGCGGCCCUCGCCGUCCUCUGGCUGCUGGGCACCACCUGGGCUCACUGGUUAAAAACCAACUUCUGCUCGUCCCAACGCCUUGAGCUUCUCUACCGGGCCGUCGUAGGAGUCAUCCUGACGUUCACCUAUUUCAACGUGAAAGGACAGAACAUGAAAGUGGAGAUGAUCAGUUAUUACGUUUCACACGCUGCUAUAAACGUCAUGGCUCCGACGCUGCUGUUUUUGCUUCAACCAGACGUGAAGAGCGACACGUUGCUGCUGACAGUCAGUGGUUUGAUCGUUGGAGGAUCCCUGCUGGGGCUGGUGUGUCUUGUGUCGUACUACCUCUUUCUGCAUCCCAAGGGGAACUGGAGGGAGGCAGAUGAAGUGGAUGGAACAGGAAGGGACACGGGAACCUCCAGGAGAAUAAGGAACUUCUUACAACCUUGACUCAAAUCCUCAUUCAUCAACGUGAAACAGAACAUUCUCAUAUUAUACUAAUUAAAGUAAUUUAUAUUUCAUGAAGGUAAAAUUAUUUUAUUUAAUGCAACAAUUUGUUUUAUUUAUUCUUGCUUGAGUAAAGAUUUUUUACAAAUGCCAUUUAUUUCAACAUCAAUUUAUCAAAACUCUUAAUUAGUCUAAACAUUGUAAGUUCUGCCAGCAUGUCCGCUUUUUAUUUUCUCCAACUCUGUAAUACACAUUCUGACCACUAGAUGGCGAAGCUGUCUAGGUUGACAUUUCUAGUGGAGUCGCUGCUGGUCCACGCAGAUCUGUUACAGAACUAUCAACAAUAUUAAUAUAUCAUGGUCUUUUAGAUAUAUUCUACCAGUAAGUUAUAUAAGUGUUUAAAUGCACACUGUAGUUGUGGUGGGAUUUUUACAAGUUCAUUGCAAAUUAAUUUUUCUGUGAUUGAGGGAUUGUUUCCUACACAGAACAUCUUUCGUUGACACCACCAAGACAGUUUAAACAGUAGAAUCAGGUACAUGAGCAACCACAACAACGAAAACGGGGCCGCAGGACCAACAUACGCCUAACUUCAGUUCCCUUAACUCUGAAAUGAUGAUCACAGGGGU